AGAUAGACUUAAAAAUAGAAAGAAUUAAAAUGAAAGCAAAUCGAUAGUGCAGAGCUUCUUAAACUCUAGACUCAUAUUCAUUAGUAUGUGUUUCAGGGACAUUCUUAAAUCUUUGUAAAAAUCACAAAACAAGCUAAAAAUGACAGAUUGUUUUAUUUUCAUUGCAUUUUUGUUGUGAUAUGAAACACUAGUUAAUUCACUUAUUUUCUGCAUGGAUACCAACUUUUGUUGUUUUCAGUCCAGUAAUUUGGGUUUUUGAGCAUCCCAUACUUCUUAAAUAUUAAUUUUAUAUGUGUAAAAUACAGAUUUAUUAUAUUUAAAUUUAUUUUGUAAGUAUUUAAACCACUGUAUAUUUGAACAUAUACUGCUGAAUUUUCACAUUCUUCACUUUUUAUUACUACUGUCUCGUACUUUUUUUGGAAGUUGUACUUGGUAUAUUUUGUACUUGGUAUAUUUAUUUCAAAAAAAAGGUACAAUUACAUAAAUAGGUAAGCUGGAACGCAAACAAUUAUUCACCCUUAAAUAGGAGGUUAGAUACUGUUUUUGUGUACUAGAGAGCACUCCUACAGUUUUCUGUCAUUUGAAUCAUACGACUGAUAAAGUAAUUGCGUUUGAGAAAUAAUCUUAAUUUAAGUAAUCUUUAUAAAUCUUAAAAUCUUCAGUCUUGAGAAAUUAAGAUACAUGAGGGGUGGGUCAGUGACUAAGGAAAUAUACAGGCCAUAUAAGAGAAUGCCAUAUAAAUUCUAAAUAGUACUAAUUAAAGAAAAUAUUGUAUACAUAUAACUUAUUAAUAUCUUCAGAAAAGUUUUAGAGGUAUCUGUAAGAUUAGAACAGGACACCAAGGAAAGGCACCAUGAGAAUAGAAAAUAAUCUCUUAGAGUAUUACAUAAUUGCUCUCUUAGAUUAUUGUGCUUUCUUAGAGUAUUAUUACUACAUAAUAACCUCUUAGAUUAAAGCAUAAUUGCUUAAAUACCUAAUUCAAUGGAAAAGUUGGAAGAUAAACUCCCAGGUAGUAGAACAAAAAACAAACAAACAAACAAAAAAAAUGGCUUCCAGGGUCCAACUGCUGAAGUGCUCAAAAUAAGUUCAUUGCUGAGAGCCUUCUUCGGAUUGCACAUUUUUGAUUACUUCUUAUUGCGGUCUGCAGAGGAUCCUGGGAGACCCUCAAGCCACGCAAUGGCAGGCGCUUUGCCGGAGACAGUGACCUUCGAGGAGGUAGCUGUGAACUUCAGCUCUGCAGAGUGGGCUUUGCUGAAUCCAUCCCAGAAGCAGCUCUACAGAGGUGUGAUGUGGGAGACAUUGAUGAAUAUUAAUGCUAUAGGAAGAACACAGCAUAACCAGCAAAUUGAAGAAGAAGACAAAAAUUCCCCAAGAAAUCUACGAUAUGAUGAAGACAAUUAUUUGCAAUUAGAAGAGAAGGUGUAUAAAUGUGAUGAAUAUGGAAAAGACUGCAGUGAUUGCCUGUCCUUUGAAAAGCAUGAAGUGAGAAAGACUGGAGAGAAACUCUAUGAAUAUGAACAAUGUGGGGAGGCUACAUUUCAUCAUAGUGAACCAACUCACCCUGCAGACAAAACUUUUGUAGGUAAGAAAAGUGUGAAAGCUUCAAGAACAACCACUGGUGCUGAAAUCUAUAGAAGAAAUUGCAGUUGGGGAUAUGCAAACUUAUACAAGCACCGUGAGACUAGUUUUGUUCCUUCAUAUUAUACUCACAUACAUGAGAGAAGAAAUCCUGGAGAGAAACCUCAGUUAACUAAGAAAUAUGUAAAAGCAUUAGCUCUUAGUAAUUUCUUUCAAAAACAUGAAAAAAGUCACACUAUGGAGACAGUUUAUGCAUGUAAGCAGUGUGGGAAAGCAUUCAGCACACACAAUCACUAUCAAAGUGACAGAAACAUUCCUACUGUGGAGACACACUAUGUAUGUAAGCAAUGUGGGAAUACUUUCAUUCAAAAUGGUGACCUUCUUGUACAUAAAAGAAUUUACACUGGGGAGAAACCCUAUGGAUGUAAGCAGUGUGGGAAGUCUUUCAGGAAAGAUGGUAAACUUAGCAUACAUAAAAGAACUGACACUGGGGAGAAACCCUAUGCAUGUAAACAAUGUGGGAAAACAUUCAGUCGAAAUGGUUUCCUUCUUGCACAUAAAAGAAUUCACACUGGGGAGAAACCUUAUGUAUGUAAGCAAUGUGGGAAAGCAUUCCGUCAAAAGUGUGCCCUUAGAGUACAUGAAAGAAUUCACACUGGGGAGAAACCUUAUGUAUGUAAGCAAUGUGGGAAAUGUUUCAGUGAAAGUAACAAUUUGCAAGUACAUCACAGAAGUCACACUGGGAAGAAACCCUAUGUAUGUAAGCAAUGUGGGAAAUCUUUCAGUCGAAAUUAUGCCCGUAGAGUACAUGAAAGAAUUCACACUGGGGAGAAACCUUAUGUAUGUAAGCAAUGUGGGAAAUGUUUCAGUGAAAAUAGCAAAUUGCAAGGACAUCACAGAAUUCACACUGGGGAGAAACCCUAUUUAUGUAAGCAAUGUGGGAAAACAUUCAGUCAAAAUAGUAGCCUUAGAGUCCAUGAAAGAAUUCACACUGGGGAGAAACCCUAUGUGUGUAAGCAAUGUGGGAAGUCUUUCAGUCAAAAUGGUCACCUUCUUGUACAUAAAAGAAUUCACACUGGGGAGAAACCGUAUGUAUGUAAUCAAUGUGGGAAAGCAUUCAGUCAAAAUAGUAGCUUUAGACUCCAUGAAAGUAUUCACACUGGGGAGAAACCCUAUGUGUGUAAGCAGUGUGGGAAAUCUUUCAGGAAAAAUAGUAAACUUACCAUACACAAAAGAGUUCACACUGGAGAGAAACCCUAGGUACGUAAGCAGUGCAGGAAAUGUUUCAGGAAGAGUGAUAAUCUUAAAGUCCAUGAAAGAAUUCCCACUGGGGAGAAACCCUAUGUAUGUAAGCAAUGUGGGAAAACAUUCAGUCAAAAUAGGAGCCUUAGAAUCCAUGAAAGAAUCCACACUGGGGAGAAACCUUAUGUAUGUGAGAUAUGUGGAAAAAGAUAUGCUGGUAAGUCCACACUUUGUAGACAUAGAAGAUUCCACACUGAGGAGAAACCCUAUGUAUGUAAGCAAUGUGGGAAAUCUUUCAACCGACAUGGUUACCUUCUUGUACAUGAAAGAAUUCACACUGGGGAGAAACCUUAGGUAUGUAAGCAGUGUGGGAAACCUUUCAGUCAUAAAUGUACCUUGCAAAGACAUCACAAUUCACAGUGGGGAGAAACCUACGUAACCAUUGAUGUGGGAUAGCAUUCAGCAGACACAAUCACUGCAAAACUCAUGGAAGAAAUCCCACUGGGGGAAAACAUAUCUGUGUGGAAAUUUCAAAAAUCAUUUGCUGAUAAUGGCAAUUUUUGUUGAGGUAGAAGAUCCCACACUGGGGAGAAACACUAUGCAUGUAAGAAAUGUGGGAGAUCAUUCUGCCACCAGAGUAAUUGUCAAAAACUUGAAAGAGGGGGCUGGGGAUUUAGCUCACCGGCAAAGCGCCUGCCUGGCAAGCGCAAGGUCGUGAGUUCGGUUCCCGG